GAAAAAUACGCUGACGCUGGCUUGCCCGCCAACAUAUAGGCAGCAGGUGGGCAGCUGGCUACGUGAAAACUACUGGCCCUCAACACAUGCAAAACAUGAACCACACGCACACAGCAUAACAAAUACGGGCCGGCCGUGUCAAUGGGUGGAUGUGUGGAUGUGUGAGCCCAGUGGAGUGCAGUCUAGCUACCCUGGUGGUAUGAACAAUCGGUUGGUCGGCCGGAUGAAAGGAUGGAUCAUACUUCUGUGCCGAUGUCGAGGAUCAUGGCGCAUCCCGCCAGGAUCCACUUGCCAGGGGGGGCUCGGGUGCGCAGCUGGGCAUUGAACACAUAGGUCGCCCCACGCAUGGUCGUCUUGUACACAGGACACGUGUACACGUUCUUCUCUGAAUCAACAACACAUAAAAGGGACAAACGGGUGAAUGUUUACACACCUCGAUUCGUCUCGCCCAGCCUAGGCGUGUCUCUGAUUCUCAGUCCACUAUUCUGUCAGUAUGCAGUUUGCUGACCUUCCUUGCCGCUCUCCAGCUGAGCCUGGAGAGAGAGAGAGAAAGAGGAAGAGACGCACGAAGAUGUACCCAUGGCCACGUGUCUGUCCUUGACUUGUGUACAGGUACCUUGCAGUUGAUGACGGGCAUUGGGAAGAACAUCUCCUUCGGCUUCGACUCCUCGAGCUGGUUGUUGGAAACAUCCCACCUGGCCCCCUCGAGGAACAGCCCCGCCACAUAAGCGCCGUCCCUUGCCGCGGCCUCGAUGGACUUGGGGUCCCUCUUGGUGACGUCGGUCAGAAUGAGCAGCUUGUUGAGCUCCAGAGACUGCUGCUGGGACGUCACCUGCUUGAUGGCCGUCAGGAACGACUGAGGGUUGAACAGCUUCGACAAAAACACAACCUGAGGGAGUGGGGGAGACAUCAAUCCGUUGACACAAUGUCAGAAGGUGCGUGUUUUCCUGAGGAUUGGUUGAAGUACCUUAGGGAUUGAUGUAGGUUCGUUGGUCCACUCGUUGAGCUGCUCUAUUCUCUCCUUCAGGUUGGCGAGCCACGAGGCCAGCGGCCGAGUGGAGGGGAACGCCAACUAUGGAUCAGAUGGAUAUGGGACACACAAGUGCGCAUCAAAGAUGAAAGGGUGCACGUGUGCAGAUACAUACCUUUUCCCAGGACUUGGGAACUUUGUCCAUGAAUAGAGCAUCGAUGAGGUCCUCCAUAGCGUCGCUCAUGGUGAGCUCGCCCUUGAGGCCCAGCUGCAGCUCCUGCAGCGAGCGGAGCAUCUCCUCCACCAGCAGAUUCAUAUACUGACACUCCUGAAACAACACACAGCACACCAAGAGGAGACCCAGACGUGCGUUUUCAACCUUUCUCUACGUUUCAGCCGACCUGUAGGAAGACAUAUUGGUAUGGCCCCUUCUCUUCGUCCGGUAUGGAUCUGCCGAUGUCCUCCACUUGGAACUUGACGUCCUUGAGAUCGUCCACGAUUUCAUUGCAUAUCUGUUCCGCCCUCCCCUGCACCGACUGUCCACCCCCCCCUUCCUCGCCCCCGGUGCCGCCCCGUGGCUGCAGUUGCAUUAGCAUGCCGAAGAGGUCUUGGCACUGCUGAGUGCGGAAGCCGAUCUCAGCGUUGGGGUGCAGCCCGUAGGCCAGCGGCGUCUCGCCUGGGAUGGACUCAAGGUGCUCCACAUACCUAUAGGCAGGCAGAGAGGCAGAGGCACAGCGCUCAUAGAGUCUGUAGGGUGUGCUGACUGACUUCUCAUAUCCCGCCGGGAGCGGUGAUCUGAAUGACACUCCCUUGCCCUCACAGAAGGGGAACAUCUCUGACUCGUCCAGCAACUCGUCCUACGAAUGCGCACCCAUCCCGCUCGCAAGCGGCGUGUCAUGUCUCUGCUCGGCGAUCAUUGUUUGUACCCAGCUUAGCUGACCUACCUGCAUGAAGAACUCCAGGUAUGAGUUGCAGAGGAGGCGAUCUCUGGCGUCGACAAUGUGGCCGCCAUACAUGAUCUCCCCGAAGAUAUACCUUCAUAAGCAAUUCAGCCGUGUGGGCAGACACAAUACGUCACGUGCACAAAAUGAACUGAGGGCGCAGACCUGAGAUCGUCCCAUGGGACCUUGGCUGGCUGUUGCUGCUCCAGGUAGUUGAAGAGUACGGUGGCUGAGUCCCUGAGGUCGCCGAUGGAGAAGGGGUAGUUCAUAUUCCAUCCCUUGGGGCCGAACUUCUUCCUCUCCAACAUAAUGGCGUGGAAGAAGCACAGCCCGAACAAGAUCGACUUGACCUUGGAGUCCCUGUCGUCAAAAUCCUCCUUGGAGAAGAAAGCGAAGGCACGCUUCAAGUUGGCCUUGAGGCCCUGUGGCGGCUCGUUUGUCAGCUUGAUCGACCGCUCCAGGAUGCCGAUGGGGAUGUAGUUGCAGGGGUCCGAUGACAGAUAGCACCUGAAGUUGGGAUGCGAGCCCUCGACAGCGAACGAGUCGAGCUUCUUCUCGAGCUCGAUGAGCCACUUGGGCAUCAGGUGGAUGUUCUGCAGCAUUACCCAGUGGCCCUCCUUGUGACCCAAGUGCAGCUUGGCCAUUGCAACCACAUCCUGACCCUGCCCCAUGGCGACGUUGUGGAAGUUGACUCCCGGUGUGAUGCCGUAGUUCUUGCGGCCCAUCGACUCCACCUCCUUGACGGGGUCGGCACCCGGCGACAAGAUGAAGAAGAUCGGCGUGGUAUCGGUCGAGUCCUUGAACGAGCUCAUCAGCACGUCGGCAAACGACGAGCUGGCGUCGCAGUCCAUGAAGUCGGCGCCGUUGGGCAGGAUGUUGCGGAUAUAGUCGGCCACGGCGAUAGUCAUACGGUCCGGCCUCAGGCAGCGCAGCACAAGGAGUUUCUGGAAGGGCUGGUUGUCGAGUUUCUUCCAGUCGAGGGGCAGCUUGACCUCCUCAGGGGUCAUCUCGUUGAACCACUCCUUGAAUCGAUUCGGUGCAUCCUUCUCCAUGUUGACGGCGAAGCUGUCAAAGCCUGGCAGCUCUAUCAGCUUCUGCACGGCGUACCACGCGCUAUUGGGCAGCCAGUCGGACAGGGGGUUCUCCACAUCGGGCUUCAUGGGGCCACGCAGCAGGAACUGGAACUGUUCGGCGUCAUAAUCGUCGGCCAGCUGGCCCCGCUGCAGCAGGCGGAACGUGAGGAGGGCGUUGAAGAUGAGUUUGUGCCUCUCGAAAAGGCCGCGGACGACCCAUGUGAAGAUGGUCAUGCGGAUGGAGCCGAUAAGCAGCUUGCAGCGUUCGUUGAGGUCCUCUGUCUCUUCGGCCUUCUCGAUACCCUGUCGUCUCACAAGGACACACAGACACACACAGAGACAGAGAGAGAGAGACACGCACAUACGUAUGUGCAGUGAGUUGAGUCCUGUCUCUGUGUUGCCUGCCGGCGGACCUUGUACAUGAAGGUGACGAAGGAGUCGAGUGAGUAUUGGUACAUGGGUGCGAUGACCCACAUCUGGAUGAUGAGGAAGUAGAGCAUCGAGGCCUCGGCAGCCACGGGACGGUAUGUCUCACGCGACUCGUUGAUCUUAAUCUCCGUUAUCUGCGCCUCCUUCACCUGCUCCUGGAUCUCUGUGGCCGUCUUCUUGGUGUUCUCCAGACCCUCGAUGAGCGCUAUGUUGGUCAGGAUGGUGGCUGGGUCGGCGGCUGAAAGCUGGGCAAGCAGGUCGUCCUCCAGCUGCGCUAGGGUGACCUUGAACUCGUUCUGCUUCCGCACCAACUCCUGCUUGGACUGCUCCAACUCGGGCUUCUCCACGUUGACCACCAUCGCAAGAAUCUACAUACGCCCCAGUCGGCCAGCCAAGAGACGAAAGAGACUCCUUCCCUUCCAAUUUUCCAUGUGUCCUCUCUGCCCCGUGUGUGCCCUGCACCUGCUCCUCCAGUCCCUCAGGCGUGACGCAGAAGUUGAUGAGCGUGCACUGUGCGGCGAUCUCAGGUCUGUAGUGUGGGUUGGCUAGCUUGGUCUGCAGGAGAAGCUGGAACUUGGCAUCGUAGUCGACCUCCUCGCCUCCCAGCUUGAUAAUGAGACCCGAGCGGCCCCUCUUGACCACGGCACGGCUCAGCAGGGGGUCCAGAAUGGCGUCGAUCUCCUGCUGCACCGCCUCAAUCAGCAGCGUGCCGCCCAUCUGGAUGCACAGCACAACCUUCUGGAACCAUCGAUCCUGAUGGAUGAGGAGACACACGCAGACAGCGGGUCCAGAGAAUGGCGGGGAGGGAUAUGCUUGGUAAUACAUACAUGUGUGAGCUGGAUGGUGGUGAGGUUGUCGCCGAAUCGUUGCUUCAGCCACUUGACGCCCUGCAGCUGAGGAUCGAUGAUCAGCGGCCACCUACACGGACCAACCGAUCCCCAUGCGUCACAUGCUGCCUUCGUCUCCCGGGUGUCCGUGCCUGUACGCACCUGGAGCAUGAUGUGAGCACGGCGGCAUUCUCGAUGGAAAGUCUGUCAGCGGGUAGUCCCUCGUUCUUCCACUUGGCUAUGUUGGCAUCCGUCGUCAGCACAGUGAGGGGAUCCACGCCCUUGGUGAAGGGAAUCUGCUUCUGCUCAAUGUCGGGCAACCAAGUGUUCUGAUGCGCAUCCAAUCACGGCCAUGCACAGGAAUGAAACAGCCGCAUUUCUAUCGACCCCAUUUCGAAGACUGACCUGCCACAGGUCGACUCUGAAUCCGCUCGAGAAUGCGCCGAUGUAUGAGACGAAUGCCGCAGCGAGGAGGGAAUCGCCGAUGAGAGUCACGUUUGCCUCUUUGAGCUGCUCCACACUGGCGCUCCAUCGGGUGUUCUCAUCGGCAAGGCCGUUGACCAGACGCUCAGCCAGCUGAAGCAUCUCAAGGCACGCAUUCGCCUGUCAGCCACACAUGCACACACAACAAUACGGCGCAUACACGCACCAUGUCGUCUGCAGCUAAGGUUCUGGCUGACUCACCUACUCACCUCUGCCUCGACUUUUUCCUUCUCAUCCGUGGCUUCCUGCAUCUUAGCGUUGAGCUGGGCCACUCUUUCCUGCACCUCCUUGACACGCGCCUGCACGACGGCGAGUGCCUCCUCGGCCUGGCGCUUGUUCUCGGAGGCCUCGGAGAGUGAGUCCAUGAGUGGCUUGACCUUCUUGUAGAUGCGGUUGUAGGUGACAAUGUUGACGACCCAGUUGGCAAGAUUGGCGGCGGCAAAGGACUUCUUGAACAUGGUCUCGUAGUUGAAGAAGGGCUGGUCUAUGACCGGCUGCACCAACGCCACCGUCUCGUCGGUCAUGUUCUCGGCGUCGAAGGCCUUGACCUGGUCCAGGAACUGCCCUGGGUUGUUCAUCAUCUUCUGCGCAGCCUUCCAGUCCAGAUUCUUCUUCUCGCCACGCAUAAGCAGCACCGCCUUGGUGACGUCGAUACACUCUACCGGCGGCUUGCCCAGUGCCUUGAGCUCCUGGAUGGCGGACUUGGUGAGGCAGUCGACGGCCUCUUUUGCCCUCUCCAUGGCCGGCAUGGCCUCCUUGAGCUCCUCGUCGGCCGCCGCCUGGAUCUUGGCCGCUUCGGCAGCCAACGCGUUGGUCUUUGCCUCCUCCUCAGCAGCCAUCUUCUGCUCUUCCUCAGCAACAGCAGUGGCUUUUGUCACCUGACACAUGCGAGACACGUGGGCGUCUCUCCUGUGUGUGUGCAGGUUGGCCAUGCCUCCUCACCUGUGCGAUGAGCUGGUCAGCGGCUCCCUUUUUCUCCUCGACUUUGAUCAUCUUGCCCUUGAGGUCUUCCUGCAGCCCCUCCACCUUUGUCUUGGUGUCCUGCAGUGUGUACAGCCCCUUCUCCAGCCGCUCGAUGGACUGCUCCACCUGCGCACGCUUCUCGCUCAGCAGCUUCUUGUAGAACUCAAUCAGCUCCAGGAAGGACUUGGGCGUCGUGUAGUUGUAACGCCGCUCUUGCUCAAGGAACUGCUGGUUGGCCUGGUUGAUCGACAGAUGCACCUCGGACAUGUUCUGUGCUAUGGUGUCCCUGAGCUCCUCCUGCGGCAGGGGCACGUCCCUGAGGAAGAUGGACGCCACGUCGAUGAGGGCGUUGCGUGGCCAGGGGUGGAACUGGUCCAUGGCGGUGCUAGAGAUGAGGGCCGGGAACUUGCGCGCUCGCACACGGAAGGUGUCGCCGACCGGUGAGUGGCAGAGGAUGACGUGCAGGUUCCGACGCACACGGUCGAUGAAGAAGCUAAAGAGGGCAUCGCGCUGGUCCGGCACACCCGCAGCCUUGGCAGCAUUCCUGAUGGAUCCGAGGAGUCCAUCAUACUCUUCUCUGGUGAACAGGUCGGGAAUGUUGCCCGACGAGAGGAAGUCGUUCAGGUAGAUGAGGAAUCGCUCGUCGGUGAUUUGUCCGUCGGUCAGCAGGAAAGAGUGUGGGCUGCCGGGCCGCACCGCCGCCUUCUUGUACAUCUCCUGCAGGUCCAACUUGAGGGCGUUCAUAUCGUACUGCUGGUUCACCAGGAUCGUAAUGACGUCAUAGCCAGAGAUGAAUGACGCCAACCGCGACAGAGACUGCUUGCCGGAGCCGCCCACACCCACAAGCAGUGCGUUGCCGGCGGGCUGGUCGAUGAUGCGGCAGAUGCGACAGACGUGCUCCAUCGCGUCGUCGAAGAGGACCAGAUUCAUCUCGGCGAAGGUCUCGUUGUAUUCUUUGAGCUUGUCCUCGAGCACCGUCUUGAGCUGCGGCAUCUCCUUGAUGGGGAGAUACACCUGACAGACACACCGUGGGCGGGCGUCAUCUAUUUAAGCACCUAUGUUUCUCCCGACUUACCCUGUCGUGUCCGCCAUGAGCCGACACGAAGGAUGUGAAUAUGUUUGGCGCCUCGAAGAGCUCAUCGGCCUUCUCCUCCGCCAUGUGCUUCUUGUUUACCCUGUCACAUAUGUCGUCCAGCGCCUCCAUGUCACUCUCAGACACCAACCUACACACGCGAUACAAAGAGGAGCGGCAAAGAGAUGCCCACAUGUAUGUGGAUCCUCGGCUGUGUCUGGUUUCAUCCAUACCUGUCUUUGAAGACCCUGUUCACUUCGUGCAACCACAGCCUGCAGAACUUGAGGCUGCCCUGUGCGCCAGCCUUGUACAUGGCGGGGUUGGAGUUGACCACGCCCUGGAAUAUAGACGAGAUGUGCUUCAGGUUGAACUGGUAGUGGAACUUCUUGGUCGUCGGCAAAAAGGCAGGCGUGUUCAAUAUGCUGUUGAAAAGGUCGAUCGUACCAGCCACAAGCUUCUCCUGAGCACACGAAUCAACGGAUGGAUGCGUCCGUCUCACACUCGUUCUUCGUUUGUCCUCACUUGGAGGUUCUGCACGGGUUUGUCAAACGGUGCGAGGUGCUUGCCGAGGAUGGAAUUGAAGAUGCCCUGGAUGGUCUCUGCUGUGGCCUGGAAGCACGUCAGGACGGUGAACUGUCUCUGCAGCUGUGGGUUGAUGUUGAAUGAGCCGGCCUUGGGAUUCAUGCAUGCCACGUACUGCAGGUCGAUAAUCUCCUUCCUCUCCUCAAGGUGGUCGCGGUCGAAGCAGCUCUGGUAGUCUACCAGCUGCCGCAGCAACGCCAGUGGCGCCUGGGUGUCGUACUUGUCCACCUUGGGCAUAUUGAAGUCGUCGAUGAAGAAGAUCAUACGCUUGUUGCCCGCCGGGCCGUACGUGCGCCCAGUCCUGAAGACGCACCGCACACACACGAUACACCAAAUGAACACUCGUGGCGGACUUACCUCUUUUCCAGGAAGCUCUCGAUGAUGCGUUGCAGGGUGAGCGAGUCAGUGUACGAGUUGAGGUUGAUGGUACCGCUGGCCGUCUCCUCAGCCAGCCCUGCCAGGUAGUCCUUAACUAUUGUCGUCUUGGCCGUACCGACCGAGCCAACAAAGAGGACGCCCUUCUUCCGCACCACGUGAAGCUCCAACACAUGCUGAAACCUGCACACAGAACGCGCCCGAGCAAGGAGACAGUCACGUGCUUUACUGUCGUCAGUCAUCAACUGCUGGCCAGUGUGUAUACCUGACAAGGUCUACAUUCGACACGACUAUGUUGCUGAACAUGAGGUCAGCGAUUGGCUCGUAUGGCUUGACGUAGUCGUUCCAGUGCACCCAACAGCCCUGGGCCGUCUCGUAUUUGUAGUCGAAACACGAGCCGCCUUCGGGGAACUUGACCUUGGCCACGCUCCGCAUCCAGCCGUUGAAGUUGUUCCUGCAGAAAGACAGGAAAGGAAGGAACGGGGAUAUACCCUUCUGAUCAGCAUCGAUCAAGAAUGUCCACCUGAAGUUGACGAUCUUAUCGUCGGCGACGCAGCCGCCGAUGGUCCACAUGAGUGCGAAUAUGAAGUAUGCCUCGUAGUGGACCUUCUGGUCAUCCCCCGACGCCGUCUUGAGCGCCUCCAUGUUCCCCUUGGUGUUGUUGUAGAGCUGCGCGUCGAUCAGGCAGCAGAUGGACUGCACGAAUGCCAUGUCCCACAUCGGGCACACAAAGUUGAAGUUCCGGCGCAAAUACUCAACAUACUGAGCACACAAAGAUACGUACAGCAAAGGCAGCAAGUGUCUCAGGUCCGUGUCUGUCGCACUCUCUUGGUUUCUCACCUGCUCGAAAUAAGACGAGAAGAGGAGAUAGAACUGUGACUGGGCCACUUGGUCUGGGAGGGUGUCGCGCCAUGACUCGACAUAUGGCUUCCAGCCGACGUCCGUCUCGUUGAUGAAGAGCACACCUCCUCUCGACACGGUGGCAGGACUCGCGUGCUUCAUGUUCUCAAUCUCGAAGAGCAUGCGCAUCGAGGCCGUGAAGGGGAUACGCUCGUUGGAGACGAGCGUCAACACCUACGGAGCCGAAUCACUCAUCUCGUCUGUCUGUUGUGCAUGUAUCAUUCACUGUGCAGCUUACAUACCUUGUUGUCGUCCAUGACGGUGUUCAUGGAUUCGAUCCACUCGGCAUCGAUGUCGCCGUCGAGAAUGAUCCACUUGUGCACGAUGCUGGCCUUGUAUGGCGGCAGCUCCUUGGACAUGUUGCGCAUGAUGACGGCUAUGGCUCCGUCCUUCCACUCCUUGGUCUUGGUCAUGUACCCGUAGAGCUCGUCCGACUUGAUGGCCUUGGGGUUCAGCGGCUCAGUCGCCGAGUCCUCACCCGAAGCCUUGAGCGACUUGGCCAGGGUCUUCCACACACAGGACUUUGAGCUGCCGGGCGGGCCCAACACGAAGCAGCAAUGACGCACCUACGCACGCAGAAAGAGAAAGGCGAAAUGCAGGGAAAGGACCGUCCCUCUCGCCGGCCGACCUCGACUGACCUCGAGGAUUUCCUUGAGCUGUACGCAUUUGAGGACGAACGCAUCCUCUGGCUGCAGCUUCUGGUCCUUGGUGAUUUUGCUGACGAUCUUCUCGAACUCGACGUCCCUCUUGGAACCGAUGCUCACGCCAGGGAACAAGUCCUCAAUCAAACGCAAGAAGAUCGGCUUGUCUGAACGACAAGGAGGGAGACACACCACACGGACAUCGGUAUGUAUUGCCUGCCACUUGGGACUCACUGACCUUCUGUGGUGAUCUUGGGCACGUUGAAGUCUCUGAGGGCUCUCAUCAAGAUGGGAUCCUCUGCGACAUCCGGGUCGGCCCGCUUGAGCCCACCCGCCUGUCGCAGCACGGCCUUGACGGCCCGCAGACCCCAGUCGUAGUGCAUCGCCUUGGACAGCAGCUCCUUGGACAGCCCGUACAGGGUCACGAACUUGUGAGCCAGCGACCGGGCGGUGAGGAAACCCUCAGACAUGAGCAUGUUCUCGCAGAUGAACGUCACAUCCGGCACCACCAUCGCACACGACCUGUCGUCACAUCACAUCACACGCAACGAAGGCAGAUCAGUGAGGCAAGCCGUUGUCUGUCUCCCAGACCUGAAGAGAGCCUUCAGGUUCUCGGGCAGCUCGGUUCUUCCUGCGUAUCCAGGGUUCAUGGUGAUGAAGAAGCCAGUUGUGGGGACCAAGCCAAUGUCGUCAUCCAUGAACUGAAAGCGCUCCUUGCCCUCCUUUAUAGCAUCCAAUAUCGACUUGACCUGACAGACAGACAGACAGACAGACAUCCUCUCUCUGGUGUGCUUGUUGGCCAACCAUGCUUGCCUGCAGUUGUGUGACUCUCACUCACCUGUGUGGAGACGACAGAGAGCACUUCAAUCGAGAUGCGGUUGAACUCGUCGAAGCAUCCCCAUGCACCCGACUGCGCCAGGCCCAUGAAGAUUUGCGCCAUGGUGAGGUAGUUCAUCUGGUCGGAGCAGUUGAAGACGAACACCGCCAACCCGAUGGCGCGCGACAGAUCCUUGGUGGUCUCGGUCUUGCCCGUUCCGGCAGGGCCGGCGGGAGCGCCACCCAUGACCAAGUUGAGGGCUUGUGUGAGGGUGAUGUAGCAGCGGUCGGUCAGGGGCGUGAUGACCAGACGGCCACAGUUGCCCACGUACUCGUACAUGUAGGUGGUCGUCCAGUCACAAAUCUUGAUGACACACGUACGCUUCUCCUCACCACCUUUCUGCCAGGCAGUAAGCAAGUGAGAGACACAUAGACAGACAGUGAUGUGAGGAGGACGGGCGGUGACCUCAGUCUUUGCUUGUGGACACCUGCUGCCAGUAGAACCUGAGCUGGGACUGCCAUGCAAAGGAGGAGCCCUCAGUGAGCCUGGUCUGCACGAACUUCUCAAUCACAUCGCGAGCAUGCACAUCAAUGGUGAUCAGCGUGAUGAUCUUCACCUGCACACAAACAGAAUACGCAAAAAUGGCAUGCCAUUCGCUCUGUAGACUGAUCGGUAAUUUUCUCACGCGCAGUCCCUUUGCGAGGUUGGUCUGGACUCUUCGAAUGAGCUUCUCAAUUCUGUCAUCACACACACGCUUGUAGUCCUACAUUCACCGGGAAAGCACACAGACACACACACGCACAUGUGGCAGCACACGAAUUGGACGCUGAGUUUGCUGUAUCGACCUUCAUGGCGUUUUCCGAGCCCCCCUCGAGUUCUUCGAAGGCCCUUUGUGUCUCCUCUGUCCACAGCAGCUGACUGGCAACCAGGGCGAUCUGCGCGCAGUAGUCCUCGAGCCAAACCUCCCUGCACACAGAGACACGACCACCAGCCAUGGCGUCGUUGCCGUAAAGGUCAGUGCAGAUGCCUACAUACCUAGGUUUGUCGACCUCCCAAUUCUCUGCAGCGUUCUUGGCAAUCUCGAGGUGGUCACGCAGAGUCCUCCGCAUGUGGGCCUCAAGAUUGGACAGAUACUGCAUUGAAAGAUGAAUCCAACAGCGAGCAAACAGUUCAUGCACAAUAGAUUUCAGCUUCUUCAGUGUCCCCACUGACAGUCUCGACGGCUCCCUCGGCCACAAACGGUUCAAGGAACGGCACGUAUUCCUUCUCCUUCGAAUAGAGCCCCUUGGAUAUCUUGCCCUUGGGGUCCUUGUCGAGCUCGAAGUCAAGGGUCGAGAUGCCGUCGAAACAAUCGCCGAGGAACUCCGCAACCUGAGCACACAUGGGUAGGCCAUUGCUUGGUGCUGCCUGUCAGGCGUGUGUACUCGCGUGUGCGUACUUUGAUGGGGUUGUUUCCAUUGGAGAGGAUUUCCAGCAGUGCCUGGUUGGACACGAAGUAGAACCGCGGGAAGGCCUUCUUCUUCUGCUCCAAGUAAUCUGUGCGCGUAACCCGGACAUAGCGUGCACAUACGAAAAAGAUGCCAAGAAGUGACUGACCGUUGAGAGACUUCUCGCAGAGCUCGAUGUUCUCGUGCAGUUUCUUGAGGAGGUCUUCCCGCCCCUCAGCGCAGCACGCCUGCACGACGUUGGGGCUCUGCGAGGCCUCGUUCAUCAUCUCCUUCCACUCGUUGUCCAGCUGCUCAAAGCGCUUCGAGUCCUCAGGCAGCUGAGAACGGAUAUCCUCAGACUGCAUGAAGAUGGGCUCCAAACGCUGCGCAGACAGACACACAUAUACGGACAGAGAGGGUGUGGGGAGAGGAUGGAUUUAUGUGCUGAUAUGAGCGUGUGUGGCUUGCCUUCCAGUUCUUCUGGACUUUCAUCCAAACGGUGAGGACAUUGUCAACUGUCCUCAGGUUGGCCUGCCAUUCAUCGACGACCGGUCGGCAGAACUCGACGAACUUCCCCUGGGAGACCAUGCCCAUGAGGUCCAUUGAGUGCUGGUCCAGCACUUCUAUGAUGUCGUCCAGGGGCUCCAACAAUCGCACAUCCUCGCGGGUCUGCUCAAAGCCGAGCUCCAGCUUGGUCCAUGCCGACUUGAUCUCACCCAACUUCUUCUCUAUCUUCGCCUGCACACGGCAGAGAUGCGCGGAUUAGCGGCCUUCUGCUGUCAUUUCUUCACUUGCGUCUCACCUCCUUUUGAGCCUGGUCGACAAUUUCCGAGACGUCGUCGGCGUGUUCGUGGAGCUUGAGUUUAAGGAGGUCGUCGAGGCAGAAGUCGGGCCCCUUGCUGAACGUCUUGCCCGUGACGGUCAUAAGCUGCUUCCAGUGUCGCUCGCGCAUGAACUCCGAGUGCAGGUCGUUGAUCAGAGGCAACACGAUCGACAUGUUCUUGACGUCCUCCACCAGCCACUAAGCACACAGGCAGCUGGUCAUCAUAAACCACCCGACGUGUUUUAGUCACGCGAUUGAUACCUGGUAUAUUCUCCAUCCCUUCAGCUCUUUGGGCAGGUACUUGAUCUGGCUGGACAGGUCUUUGACGCGCGUCAGAAGGUCGUCGGUGUCAAUCUUGUCCCACAACGUGGACUUCCAGUCGUCAAAGGUGUACUUGACGAUCGCAAUCGCGUCCCACAGCUCCUGAUAUGUAUACAUGCGGCAACAGCAAAUGAAUGCAGCACACCGACCGACAAGCAGCCUCAUGACUUUAACCUUGAGCAGGCCGAGGUCGUUGCAUGUCUCCUUGAGCUGCCUGUAGCCCGAUCGCGCCAUAUCAAACAGUGUCUCCAGGUUGUUGAAGUCCUUAGCGCGCUUCUCCAUGCCGAUCGUCUUGUUGUAGAACUCGUCGAUGGACGAGUAUCUGACAGACAAGGCAGCAGAAGCAUGUCAGCACUGUCGCCUGAGGGUCUCCCUUGGCCUACGCGUCGUCGAAGGCCAGCUCAGGGUUGAAGGGUGCCUGCUUCUCAAACUCAGAACGGAACUCCUAAGAAUUACAUGCAGCCAUGUCCUACUGAUAGAAUAUCGGGUCGAUUGCAGCUGCAUCCUUACCUCGACUUCAGUGCCGAAGGCCUCCAGUGUCUUCCUGAUGUUCCACAUCUCCAUGGUCUGUAGUGGCAGGAUGGCCUCCUUGACCUCAAACGCCCUCCUGAUCAACUCCUCCCACUUGGACGGCGCGCUCUCCAGCUGCGCCAGACGGUCGUCAGGCACAGGCGAACCGUGCUUCUUCAACAACACUGUCUGUUGCGGGACACACGAAUGAGGCAAAUCGACUGAUUCCUACAUGAGUGCCAUUUUUGCGUGCAUCACCUGGUCCCUGAGGGGCCCGAAGAGCGCCUUGACAGCUUCGAUGGCAAUCUUGACAUCGCGGAUGUGGGUCAUGACGGAGUACAGCAGCUCCUUGUCCUCUUGUGCGUCGUUGGGGUCGCGGGCCGACAGACCCGCGCUGGCCUUGUUGAUGAAGCCCGUCAAGGCGUCGAUCCGUUCGAUGCAGAAGCCUUGCAGGAAGGCCACGUACUUGCCAGCCCACCGGCCGGCUAGCUGGCUCAGCUGCACCUUGACGGGCUGUGCGUUGAUACGCAGCCAGUGUAGGUCGACGGGCGUCUUCUCGUUGGAGAUGCUCUGGCGCAUUUGGACGAAGCUGGUGAUCUUUUCGUCGAAAGCCGACAGGGGCGGCACCUUGGGGCCCAGGUCGAUGCCGAUCAUGUCCAUGACCUGCGUGAACGUCACGCCUGAGCCGCUCUCGUCAACCCAGGUCUCAACCAAAUCCUUCGGAUCUUCGCACAGGAACAGCUGAUGACAAAGAGACAACACACAUACGCGGUGAGACAUGCCCGUGUUCCAUCCGUGCAGCCCAGCCCACCUCGAAAGCCUCGUCAAUGUCCUCAGUCCAGAGGAAAGAGUACUGCAGGAAUCUCUGUCGAUACUCGGCACACUUGAGCUCGGUGUCGUCCAGCAGACGGGAGAGGUUGGACAGCAGCAGCUGAAGAUUGAAGUGCUCCUUCAUCUCGUUGAGAUAAUCCCCACUGCCGCUGUCGAGACGGGCCAUCAAUGUGCCGAUGGCGAAGAAAUCACGCACCCACGACGACACAAUAUCACGCAUGCCGUUGCCCCUGAACAACGAACGGGUGGAUGCCAAUAGAUAAAUCCACGUAUAGAAUCGAUCUCUCUAGAAAAGAGCGCACCUCUCCGUGUGGUCGAAUGGCGGCUCGAAGACGAUUUUGUUGUCCGUCAGCUCAAUCUUGACAUCAAACAGGGGCUGCAUCUCACUCUUGGCAAUCACGGCUGACUCACAGAAUUCAGUCACACACGAUGAUCGCCUGCUUCGUCACGCAAGAGUAUUUCGCUGUCCUACCAGGAUCGAGAAUGUCACAGAGGUACUGCAUGGACACGGAUAUGGCCGACACGAACCCCUCGAUGACAAUGUUGUUGACGAAGUCGACAUAUGCCUUCCAUUGGGGGGCCCCCUUCUUGACCUGCAGUGCGUCGGCCGAGUCCCUGACCAGCUUGAGCAGCUCCUUGCCCUCCUCCAUCACCUGGUGGUGCCGCACGCCAACCGCCGCCUUGUGCACCUGCUCGAAGUCCUCAGGCGACAUGGGCUUGGGCUUCCGCUCCAGCAGGGGCUUCUCGCACCAAUUCGCCAGGAUGCCUGACACCUUCUUGAGAUUGUUCUUGAGCGUGUCGACGACGGCCGAGACGUCGUUGACAACGCCCGUGGCCUGGCCGAGGAAGUCGUCGAUGUUGGUGGACUUCCACUUCAGGUCGGUCAGGCCUGGCGACAGAGUCGUGUCCAUCUUGACGAUGCGAUCCUCGAGCAACGGCUCCUCCACCGGCAGCAACUCGGUCAAGAUCUGCAUCGGAACACAUUGAUGCAGAAAGAGAGGGAGACAUGCUAUGCGAAUGGUUGCUUACCCCGUUGUAUUUCUUGAUGACGAGAUCCAGUGAUCCGGUCUGCUUGCGGUAGACACCGGCCUUACCAAAGAUCUCGGCAGCCGCCUCAGGUACGGGCAGGCCCAGCAGCAAGAAAUAGCGGACCUCACGCAGGAGACGAGUCAGAGCCGGGUCGAAAUUGACCUGAAAAGACAGGAGAUCGUACCAGUACGCUGGACUAACGUGUACGAGCCUUUCCGUGUGCUUGCUGCUGACCCUGAGGAGGCCAGUCUGUUCGAGUCGUCUGAGCAGUCUCUGUUUGAGUUUGUCCUUUGAGGACUCGACCACCUCGGCCUCCCAGCUGGCAAUCUUCUCGGCCUGGUAGUCCUCCAGCAUCUUGCGCAGGUUCUUAUACAGCUUCUCAACCUCAUCAAAAUCCUCGGGCAUCUCAGAUACCUGCACACUCUGAAAUACGCAAUACACAGACACAGUGUGCUGACGCUACAUCGGCCGGUCAAGCCUCAUAUGUCUCUUUUCUCCUUACUUUGCUGAACACGAGCAGCUUCUGCAUUGGCUCUUCGAGUCUCUGCAGCAACGAUUGUAUCCAGUAGACGGCCCCAGCAACGGGGGGCAGGUUGGAGAAGAUGGGUGCGUCGUCGGUGAACCGAUCGACAGUGGCCUUCUGCUCGUUGAAUAUGGCCUGCACUUCCCGCAGCUCCGACUUGAACUGCUGCAGAAGCAGCGAGUGUUUCUUCUCGAGCUCGUCCUGAAUGAUGGGCCUCUCCAGCAGACCCUCAAACGACUCGAACAGCUUCAGCCGACCCUGGAUGGUGUCCGCGUCCUCGAAGCCAGUCGUCAGCACAGAGCCCAGACGACGCUCCAACUCCUUGGUUGUGCACCUUUACGGAAUGCACACAGACAGAAGUGGCUGUGCCUGCAUGUCUCGGUGGGUGAGUCAGUGCACGUACCUACCGGAAUUGGUAGUAGUGGUGCUCGAAUUGCUUCAUGGAGACGUCCAUCAUGUCGUAGUCCAUCUGCUGAAACACCUCCACACCCUUCUUCAAUUCCUCACUGAUAUUCGCCACGCUCGUCGUCAGCGCCUUGCCCUUGGUGCCCCCAAUCUCUAUCUUGUCCAAUUUGCUGAACUGCACAACGGUCCUGGUGAAGUCCAAUAUAUCACGGACGCGCUCUCUGAAUGCGUCCAGUCUAACGAACAGGGCGUUGGUCUGGAUGCGCCAUCCGUGGCCGUCGUGCUCUGCCUUGUCCUUAUACGUGAAGUAACACUCACGAAACGCAUUGCACACCUGAAUGAAUGACAAACAGACGGAGAGGCAAAUGGGAGACGUAUCGUAUUCUGAGACCUCCGGUCGUCACGUGUACCUGCAAUGUCUUAUCGAGCUUGUCAACGGCGUCGUUUGCCUCCUCAUUCUGUAUCAUGGAAAAGACUUGUGGGCCGUUGAUGAAGCGGCACGCCUGGGCAAUGAUUGUGUUGCACAGCUCCCGCACGAGCACCACCAGACGAGCGGCCGUGUUGUAGAACUUGGAGUGCUUCCAUGUGAGGAGUAGGAGGUGCAUGAUGGGCUCGAACAGCUUGGGCAGCUCCGUGAACUCUGCCGUGUCUUCCAUGAGGUUCUGUAUCCACGGCUCCAGCGUGUUGAGGAACUUGACAUUGUCGUUGGCCUCCUCGCGUGCAUCUUCAACCUCCUUGUGCAGCUUGGCAAACGGAUUUGUGUACGUGCUCUUGCUCUGCUCCAGAAACUUCAACACCUGCAAAACACACACAGAUCAUGCCAAUCUUGCCCAUUCUUAUCUCGCAUCUUCACGUGUGGGUGCAGUGCAUCCGACUGACCUUUUUGAGCCCCUCUGUCUCGAGCUGCUGGUGGAUGGAGUUGAGGUUGGCAGCCUUGGCCCGCCAGAAGCGGAUCUCGACAAUCGGUUCAGGGUUGAGGCCCUGCUUGAGUGGCGUCUCAGGGUCCUGCUUCAGCACAUAUCGGAUCUGCUUGGUCCACAUGACUACGGCGCCCUCCAAAAUGUGCACACGAUCCUUGUGCAGCUUGUCAGCUGCCUCGGCCGCCUUCUCGGCAACAGCCUGCGCCUCCUUCUCUGACCAAAUCGAAUGUGUCGGCAGGGCAGACAGACAGACAGACAGACCCCUUUCAUCUUUUCCCCCUAGCAUGGCAUGGCAGCGAGGCAUGUCAGUGUGAGUGAUUACCCACCCACCCACCUGUUGGCGGCAGCGGGAGGAGUGUUUUGCCCUUGAUGAGGCCCGUAGUGACAUAGAGAUUAGCGAGGAACACAUGAAACUUGUCCAGCAGAUCCUUGGAGACCAAAUCUGACCAGCCUCGCUGAACACACCGACAAACAAACAAACAGACACGCGCCCAUCCACGAAGCAAAACGCCGCGCGCGUCAGAAGAUACACUCACUCACUCAUUCACUGACCUGGUUGAGAGGGUUUGACAGCGCGGUGAGGUAUGCCGAAUGACAGAUAUUGUUGAGGAUGUCCAUCACAUUGCGGGCCACCUCAGUGCAUAUGACGCUGCUGUUCAUGUUGUCCUGCACAACACGCACACAUGCCUUCACUGAUGCUCCCGCUUUGUGUGUCAUCCAUCCAUCCGUUUUCAAUGAUUGCCUUUGUGAGGUUGACUUCUUUCUCGCUCCGCGACAUGACCAGGAUUUUCUUCUUGAUGGAUGCGAGGGGCGGAAGCUCCCGGCAUGUCGCCGUCACCGCCUCGCCUGAUGCAGGCAUAAAACUGAUGUAUGCAGCCUCGGGGUCAUUCAGGAAGCUGUUCAGUGCGCGACUGAACAAGUGUACCGACACCGACAGAUGGACAGAGAGAUCAAUGAAUGAACAGCGGCCGUUGUGCGCUUUGUGUGGCUUACGAGUUGGCUUCGUCGGCUUCGAAUCCCUUUUUGAAUUUGUCCCAGUUUGCUUUCUUGAAUCCGAACGCGGCCUGCACUCGCCUCAAGACCCAGUCCACCCGCAGAUCAGCCUCCUUCUUCUUGUCGCCGUCGUCACCCAUUAUAAUGGCUGAUGACUAUGGGGCUCUGGUGACAAUGGCGUGAUCACACAAGCAGCGGCCUUCAACCGAGGGCAGCAGACGAACAGCAGGAGAUGUGUGUUGGCAAAAAAGAAGUAAACCACGCUGAUGGCGCCUGAUGAGUCAGAAGCUCUCCCUGCAAUGACAGCACUCGCUCUUGCCACUGACUGAUGGACUCUCG